UUGCCGCGCGCAGGCGCGGACAGGCAGCACGCAGUCUACGUAUUGGACGGUGGAAGCUACGUGAAGAGUGGCGCGACGUGACUGAGCUACCUGGUCCAGCUGUGUCCUAGAGGGAUCGGGGGCAGUAAAAUCGCGGUGACAGCGCAAGCAGCGGCCAGGCCGAGAGGCAGGCGGGGUAAAGGCGGCGGCCUCAGAAGCGCUGGGCCGGUUCUAGCCCCUGGUACAGGUGCAAUGAAAACCUUCCACGCCUUCUGUGUUGUCCUUUUGGUGUGUGGGAGCAUCUCUGAAGCCAAGUUUGACGAUUUCGAGGAUGAGGAAGACAUCGCAGAGUAUGAUGAUAAUGACUUCGCUGAAUUCGAGGAUGUCACAGAAGAUUCUGUCACUGAGUCUCCUCCACGGGUGAUAACCACUGAAGAUGAUGAAGACGAGACCACUGUGGAGUUGGAAGGACAUGAUGAAAACCAAGAAGGAGAUUUUGAAGAUGCAGAUACCCAGGAGGGAGAUACCGAGAGUGAGCCAUAUGAUGAUGAAGAAUUUGAAGGUUAUGAAGACAAACCAGAUACUUCUUCUAGCAAAAAUAAAGACCCAAUAACAAUUGUUGAUGUUCCUGCACACCUCCAGAACAGCUGGGAGAGUUAUUAUCUAGAAAUUUUGAUGGUAACUGGUUUGCUGGCCUACAUCAUGAAUUAUAUCAUUGGGAAGAAUAAAAACAGUCGCCUUGCUCAGGCUUGGUUUAACACUCAUAGAGAGCUUUUGGAGAGCAACUUUACCUUAGUAGGGGAUGAUGGAACUAACAAAGAAGCCAUAAGCACAGGAAAGCUGAACCAGGAGAACGAGCAUAUCUACAACCUGUGGUGUUCUGGUCGAGUGUGCUGUGAGGGGAUGCUUAUCCAGCUCAGGUUCCUCAAGAGACAGGACUUACUGAAUGUCCUGGCCCGGAUGAUGAGGCCAGUGAGUGAUCAAGUGCAAAUAAAAGUGACCAUGAAUGAUGAAGACAUGGAUACGUAUGUGUUUGCCGUUGGCACUCGGAAAGCCUUGGUGCGACUGCAGAAAGAGAUGCAGGAUCUGAGUGAGUUUUGUAGUGACAAACCUAAGUCUGGAGCAAAGUAUGGACUGCCGGACUCCUUGGCCAUCCUGUCUGAGAUGGGAGAAGUCACAGAGGGAAUGAUGGAUACAAAGAUGGUUCACUUUCUUACACACUAUGCUGACAAGAUUGAAUCCGUUCAUUUUUCAGACCAGUUCUCUGGUCCAAAAAUUAUGCAAGAGGAAGGUCAGCCUUUAAAGCUGCCUGACACUAAGAAGACGCUAUUGUUUACAUUUAGUGUGCCUGGCUCAGGUAACACUUACCCAAAGGAUAUGGAGGCUUUGCUACCCCUGAUGAACAUGGUGAUUUAUUCUAUCGAUAAAGCCAAAAAGUUCCGACUCAACAGAGAAGGCAAACAAAAAGCAGAUAAGAACCGAGCUCGAGUGGAAGAGAACUUCUUAAAGCUGACGCAUGUGCAAAGACAGGAAGCGGCACAGUCUCGGCGUGAGGAGAAGAAAAGAGCAGAGAAGGAGCGAAUCAUGAAUGAGGAAGAUCCUGAGAAACAGCGCAGGCUUGAGGAAGCUGCCUUGAGGCGGGAGCAAAAGAAAUUGGAAAAGAAGCAAAUGAAAAUGAAACAAAUCAAAGUGAAAGCCAUGUAAGGUCAUCCCAGAGAUCUGAGUCCUGAUGCCACCUGUAAGCUCUGAAUUCACAGGAAACGUAAAAAAAUACCAGUCCAUUUCUCAUCUUAAAGUUCAAACAGUCCCAGUGACUGAGAAAUCCUUAUUUCAUUGUUCUAUUUUUUUUGGAGUUUUACAGAGGUUAUGGAUACAUUGAAAGGACUCUGUUUCAGUCAUUUUCUUCCAGAUAAUCAAAUUAUUUUGAUUAUUUUAUGAAAGGAAUGCUGUAUGAACUCUGUAGUUUUAAAAUAUUUUUAAAAUUAUAACGAAUCAUCACUGCUUUUAGUGCUAUGAUAUUUGAAGAAAUAUCAUGAAUUUAUAGACACACAAUUAGAUCGUUGCUUUUUGUUUAAAAUGGCAGUUUGAAAUAGCAGUUGAAAUGGCUAUAGAGAAUGCCUCUAAACCAAGAUUCCACAAAUAACUGUUGGAAUUGCACAAUAAACAUUGCUUGGUGUUUUC